AUGUCUAUUCCCAUGCACCGGCUGGGCGGUCGCGCCUUUGCCCACGAUGACGAUGACAUUGAGCAAGAGUACGAUCGCCUGAGAGACUUGGCGCGAGCCGAAGCUGAGAAGCGCAACGACUGCUUCGCCCGCUCCCGCCAGGCCUAUGAAGACGGCGAUGGCGCCGCCGCAAAGGAGCUCUCCAACGAGGGCAAGGCGCACGCCGCCCGCAUGGACGACUACAACCAGCAAGCCUCCGACUUCAUCUUCCGCGAGAACAACGCCGACGGGCGCGUCGAGCCCGACGCGAUCGACCUGCACGGCCAGUUCGUCGAGGAGGCCGAGCGCAUCCUCGAGGACCGCAUCCGCGCCGACCAGGCCAACGGCCAGACGCACCUGAUCGCCAUCGUCGGCAAGGGCAACCACUCGAGCGGCGGCGUCCAGCGCAUCAAGCCCAAGGUCGAGGAGCUGUGCCAGGAGCUCGGCUUGCAGUACCGCACCGACGAGGACAAUGUCGGCCGCAUCAUCAUCAACCUCCAGGGCGGUGAGCCGCUGCCGCCCAGCCAUGGGGGUGGCUACUCGGGGUAUCACGGUGGUCACCACCAGCAGCAGCAGCAGCAGCAUCACCAGCCUCAGCAGCAGGAGAACGACGAGGUUGGGCAGUUCGUCGAGAAGCAGCUGCCGUGGCUCCUGCAGAAGCUGGAGAAGCACUGCUGUGUGGUUAUGUGA